UAAAUAGGAAAGGCAUUCCAUUCUUUAAUCCACCCCCUCUAUAUAUAGCUCUGCAGCUUCCUUUCUUAGUAUACAAGUUGAAAACACUAGUUUAACACUUACAUAAACCGAAAAACAACAAAUCAAAUACUUUCUUGUCUUGUUUAUUUGUUCCUCGAGUUAGUACCCAAAAUACAACCAACGAUGAUGAUGUCAAUUUUCAGUUCCUUUGAUGCCCUUUCUGCUGAGGUCUCUGGGCAAAAAUUGAGCCUUUUUAAGACACCAAGUACUGAGACAAAGCAACAACAACAAAAAGAACAAGAUGUUGGGCCUAUCGUAUCUGAUAGGAAGAACGUGGCUUCUCCGACUUCUACUUCGCCACCAUUGUCUUCGCGUCAACAGCAGCAAAAGAGGCAGAGGUUUGCACUGGAAUUGGAUGGUGUCCAUUGUUUCGAAACUAUUGUUCCAUAUUAAGUUUAGAACUAAAAUUUCAAGAUUAUAUUGAAAUUCAUUAUUCUUUUCUAAUUAAGAUUAUGGUCAUGUACUCUGCUGUAAAUUCAGGAGAUUGAUAUACAACUUUUGGGUUCUGAUAUUGACUUGUUUUUUUUGCUUAUUUGUAAGACUUCAAUUCGUAAAUUCUCCUUUGUUUCA